AUGGUAGGAUUCAUUGACACACUCACUAAAACAAACGUCUCUCUCGAUCUAGGAUCGACACUGAGUGGUAUUUGUGUUCUUCCUCAAACUUCACAAACACCUGAAACUGUUAGACACGAUGAUGAAAAUGGUAAAAGUCAACUGAAAAACAAGACAUGUGUAUUAUACAAUUCAUUUCUCCAGGUGGAUAGCAUUGGUUACGAAGCAAGCAAGAAAUACUUUGCCAUGACAGAUGACGUUAAAGUCAACUAUUACUUUCUCACAGGAAUGAAACAAGCUCUAUUUAUUGAUCCAGACGAAGAUAAGGAAAUGGUAGUGAAUGGCAUAUCAUUCAGUGUGGUUAAAGUUCUAGCAGACUAUUUGAAACUAUUCUCUGCUUCUGCUUUAACCAAGUAUAAACUUGAUCCUCAUUCUGUUCGUUGGGUUUCAACUGUUCCUGCAAAUUGGGAAAGAGAACACAUUCAAGUUAUUAAAAAGGUGUUCUUUGAAGCUGGUUUGGUAGAAGAAGAAGAUCCUGGUGAAGAAACUCUCAUGUUCUUGUUGGAACCUGAAGCUGCUGCUGUUUACAUUUUGGAAGAAUGUAAAAGUCAAUUGCAAAUGAAAGAUGGGGAAAGAUAUUUGGUUGUUGAUGCUGGAGGUGGUACUGUUGAUGUGACAGCUGUCAGUGUAUUGAAUGGUAAAUUAAAGUGUUCAAGGUAUUCUACUGCAAUCAAUGCUGGAAGUACCAAAUUAGACAGACUCUUGUUAGAGUAUUUGAAAACGAAACUUGGCGAUUUGUACUCUGCAUUGUCUUCCAUUGACAUUCAAAAUAUUACUAAUCAAUGGGAAAGUCAAAAGAUUACAAUGUUUAAUUAUGAAGGAUAUUGUCCACUUAAAGUCACAAUUCCAAGUCUCAAAGGUCACUCAAUGUACAAGUUAGAUUCCAUUGUAGUUUCAAAGAAAGAAUUAGAAACUGAAGUAUUUGGUUCAGUUUUUGCUGAAAUUGAAGAUUUUGUCAAUUCUAUUCUUGAUAAGGAUAUUUAUAAUUAUUUAAUCUUUGUUGGUGGCUUUUCACAAUCCAAACUUCUUAUGAAGAGAAUGGAAGUCUUUCAAGAGUUGGCAAAGGGUAAAAUUGUCGUUCCUUCAUUUGGAUCUGAAUCUGUUGUAAAAGGUGCUGCCUAUUUGGGAAGAAAUCCAGACAAGAUUGCAUGCAGAAGAUCAAAACAUGCCUAUGGUAUUGAAAGUGAGAGAGCAUUUAAAUUUGGUAAGGAUGAUGAGAAGAGACUUAAGAGAAUUGAGGGAGAUUCGGCUGAACCUUUCGUUUGCACUGGAGUAUUUUCCUCAAUGAUUAACAUUAAUCAGGAAAUCACUGAUCAAUUCUAUGUUGAUAAGCAAUUUGUAAAGAAUACUGAUGCAUCUAUUAUUGAAAUCAAAAUUUAUAGAGCUGUCAAAAAGGUUAAUUUUGUUGAUGAGAUGGGUUGUGUAUUUCAGGCAGAUCUGAAAGUGGAUGUUUCGUCCAUGAGUAUUGGAGAUAUAUUUAGAGUGAGAUUGUCUUUGAGUGCUGCUAAUGCUUUGAGAGUGGAUGUUAUACCAACAGAUGCAACAAAGCAAGUAACAACCACUGUCACCUUUAUGACUCACAUGGCUGUCAAUCAUUUCGAAUAACCUUUAUUAGAAAUAUUUAGAAUAAAUGCUAUCGACUAUUACUCU